AAAACUCCUGUAUAUAUACAAGCAUUAAGCCUAGUACAAACAAUUAACCCCAUAGAAAACAACUUAAAAUUAUUUGCUGUACCCCACGAUUUAACCAAACCUAUUGAAAUUACUGACGUAAAUGUAAGCUGCAAUACACUAAUUAAUGGUAGAUUGCUUGACAAGAAAGUCAGCAAUCAAAUAUUGCAACAAGAAUGGUAUAAUAUGGUAAACAUAACCUAUAAGGAUAAUAUUAUGAUCUACACUGACGGAUCAAAAAUUGACUCGGGCUCUGGCGCAGCCUUCUAUAUUCCGUGCUAUGACGAAAGACACAUUUUCAAACUCAACCAUAUCGUUUCGAGCUAUACAGCCGAAAUGUAUGCAAUACUGAAAGCCGUUGAGUAUACUAGAAAGAUCACAAAUAGUGAAAUAGUUAUCUGCUCUGACCACGAACGCAAUAAAACAAUGCUGGGAAGGAGCACUAGUAACGUUGUUAUGAGCUGGGCACCGCAGCGAGUGGGCCCGUUGACGUCGUCAGUGGUGGGGGAACAUGCGCGUGGCCCAUACCGUUUCUAUUCUACCUACCGUGGCUCUGACUGUAAAUCUGUCAUCGAAGCAGUUGAUCAGGCAUUAUUGGGGAAUAAUAACAGUAAGGACCUGACUUUGAACAUAAUAGCGGAAAUGAUGAGAAACAACACAAAUUAUUACACUUUACAAUGGAUACCUGGCCAUAGUGGGAUUAAAGAAAACGAAGCCGUAGAUAAAUUGGCAAAAGAAUCAACAGGUCUAACUUUCACCAGCUACGAAUUCUAUGUAACAAAUGCUGAUUUCAAAUCGCACCAAAACAAAAAGAUUGGGACUGAAAUGACUGGUAUAUUAACAUCAUCCUUAAAGGCAAAUUGGUACAAAAAUAUCAAGCAAUGUUUCACAAAGACACCUUGGUUCACAGCCUCUAAAAUGUCGAGAGGUGAAAUAGUUAAUAUCUGUAGGAUUAGGCUUGGUCACGCUAAUGUUAACGCAUGUCUUCACAGAAUUAAAUGUUAUUUUACACCAUUAUGUCUAAAUUGCACAAUGGGAGUGGAUGAAACAUUGGAGCAUCUAAUCUUUCAGUGUCCAAAAUAUACGCAUGAAAGAAAUAACUAUCUCCAAAAAACAAAAAUCAUUAGUGAGACAUUUUCCAAGAAUCUAAACUAUGUAAUCAGCACAGAAAAGUAUGAAAUGUAUAAUGAAAUCAACAAUUUUUUAAAAGCAAUCAAACGAAAACUUUAAAUAUAAAAACAAAGUCCAUCUAUACACAGACACAAUACAUAGAUGUCAUUCCAAUCCUGGGCUCUUCUUUCCUUGGCCUACCUUUUUUCGGGAUAGGACAUUGCCUGAUCGGCCCCUGGCAGAGAAGAGAUUCCUACACCUUCCCUUCCUGAUACCCAUCUACUUACAAAAUCCUUAGAAUAUCCUAGCUUUAUUGUAACUAACAUAAAUACUACAAAACAUAUUACCACUGUACAUUAUUGUUGUAACUAACGAAUCUAAAUGUUUUUUUUUU